GCGCUUAUUUUAAGCUUACCAUAACACAACAAACGAGUGAUUGGAUAUUAUGUUGGUGCUUCACUUCAGUUCUGGCUUUGAAGUUGGUUGGAUUGAUGCGAAUGCGGUAAUAGUUAUCAGUGAGAGCCAGGAGUCUUUGACAAAGUCUAUACAAGGCCAAGGAUAUGGAGUUCAUGGGUGCAAACAUUACUGCUCUGGCAAGCUUACUGAAAGAUGAAAAGGAAGAUGAAAGUGAUGAUGAACAGCUCUCAACACAGAAGGCUUGCAUUGGACCUGGUUCAAUAGGACCUCCAAAGAAACAACAACAAAGUAAAGCUGAUGUAGGUAAGAAAUCUAGUGAUACAAAGGAUAUCUGGGAUGCUGAAGCUGUUCCUGAAGGAUCAGAGUUUGAAGAUAUCUAUGAUCCAAGACCAGAACCAGAAUAUGACAUCAUCUUCAAGCAAGCUGUUACCUCAGAGGAUAUGUUCCUUCAGAUGGGUAGAAAAACACCGGCCACUUCAUCAUGUGAAGAUCUUGUGGUCAAAAUAAAACUACCAGGAGUAAAUUAUGCAGAAGUUGAAUUAGAUGUUAAGGACAAAUUUCUGGAUUGCAGGACACCAAAUCAUAAACUUGGUCUUCAUCUUCCCCAUCCUGUUGAUAGUAAGAAUGGUAAAGCUAAGUGGGAUGGAGAUCAAGAAAUGUUGACUGUUACCCUAAGGAUGACCAGGGAAUAUGACUUUGUCAAUUUCUGAUGGAAUAAAACUUUGUGGACCUAUGAUGACAUUGAUCUUGGGAGGAUUAUAUCAUUUAGGAGCUGAAUGUGGAGUGAUCGAUUAAUUUCAGAUGAUAGAAUACGACUUCACUACAUUCUGAUGAAAUAAACCUUUGUGGACCUAUGAUGACAAUGAUCUUGGGAGGAUUGUAUCAUUUGGGAACUGAAUGUAGAGUGAUCGAUUAAUUUCAGAUGAUGGAAUAUGAUUUCACUACAUUUUGAUGAAAUGAACCAUUUUGGACCUGUGAUAAUGUCGAUCUCAGAAGAAACAUUUCAGGUAAUGAACAUGGAGAGGUCAAUUGAUUUAAGGUUAUCAACUUCUAACAGCUACUAAGGUGAAAAAUUUUAUUCAAUCCAGCUACAGCCACCAGGA